AUGGAGCAUCUGCUCAGUAUGGGCUUCUCGGAGGAGCUCUCCGCCCAGGCUCUCGCCGCCACCGGCGGGGCCUCCGCCGUUGAAGCCACCGAAUGGAUUCUCUCCCACCAACAGGAGGUCGCUGCCCCCUCCGUUUCCUCCAUGCCCCCCCCCGCCGCCGCCGCCGCCGCCUCUCCCACGCCUCCGCCCCAUCAGCGGUCCCCUCCCGUUCAGCCCAGCCUCGACCGCUUCUUCCCCUCCGCCGCCCCUCAGAGGCAGCAGGGCCAAAAAACCCGCUCUGCACCUGCCCACCGCUCCCCACCGUCGUCCCCACCGCCGCCCCCUUUGGAUGGAAGCAAGCGGCAGAGAAGAAGGACGGCGGGUGGUGCCCUUGAGCCGCUGGCGGAACGUAUGCGGCCGCGCACCGUCGACGAGGUCGUCGGGCAGGACCACCUCCUCGGCCAGGGCUCCGUCAUCCGCUCCGCCCUCGACCGCGGCCGACUCCCCUCCCUCCUCCUCUGGGGGCCUCCCGGCGCCGGCAAGACCUCCAUCGCCCGCGCGCUCGCGGCCUCCCCCUCCUCCGCCUUCCGCUUCGUCUCCCUCUCCGCCGUGACCGCCAGCGUCAAGGACGUCAGGGACGCCACCGAGGAAGCCAGGAGACGCCUCAAGGUCCGCGCGGCCUCCUUGGGCUCGGCGCCGACGAGGACGGUGCUAUUCAUGGACGAGGUGCAUCGCUUCAGUAAGGCGCAGCAGGACGCUUUUCUCCCGGCCAUCGAGGACGGGAGCAUCGUCUUCGUGGGGGCCACCACCGAGAACCCCUCCUUCCACCUCACCACCCCUCUUCUCUCCCGCUGCCGCGUCCUCACCUUGCGCCCGCUUGAGCCUCGCCACGUCGAAACCCUCCUCCGCCGCGCCGUAGAGGACGCUGAGAGAGGCAUCGCCGCCGGCGUCGGUGUCGGCGGCGGCGGCGGCGGCGGCGGCGGCGACGGUGACACCACCAGAAAGUCGACGCCACCCAUUCUAGCCGAAGACGACGCCGUUGAGUUCCUGUCGCUUCAUUGUGACGGCGACGCCCGCGUCGCCCUCAAUGCCUUGGAGGUGGCGGCCACCUUGGCCCUGGACCGGAACUCCACCCGCCCCGCCGACGAAGGCCUCAAGAUCACCCUCAGCGACGCGACAGAAGCGAUGCAGAGCAAGCACCUGGCCUAUGACCGGGCGGGGGAGGAGCACUACAACCUGAUCAGCGCGCUGCAUAAGUCCAUGCGAGGCGGCGACGCCGACGCCUCCAUCUACUGGCUGGCGAGGAUGCUGGAAGGCGGAGAGCAGCCCCUGUACAUCGCCCGUAGGCUGGUGCGGUUCGCCGGCGAGGACGUGGGGCUGGCGGACCCGGCGGCGGUGGCGCAGGCCGUCGCCUGUUACCAGGCCUGCCACUUCAUCGGCAUGCCAGAAUGCGACGUGAACUUGGCGCAAUGCGUCGCCUACUUGGCGCUUGCGCCCAAGUCGACGGCGGUGUACCGCGCCAUUCAGGCAGCGCAGAGGCUCGUGAAGGAGUCCGCGGGGGGGAACGAGGGAGUCCCUCUGCAUCUCAGGAACGCUCCGACGAAGAUGAUGAAGGAUCUUGGGUACGGGAAGGGCUACGUCUACCCACCCGAUCAUCCCAACUGUUCGUCGCAGACCUACCUGCCUCCUUCGCUUCUGGGUCACAAAUUUCUUGAAUGGCCCCCGCCCAGAUAUCAGUCCGACUCUUGCUUGCAGUAG